AUGGACCAAGAUGAAUCCGGGGAAAAUUCCCCAAAAUUCGAAAAAAAUAGUUCAACUUUUUCAACAAAAAAAAAGUAUGUGGAAAAUCCCACAGAAUUUGAAUCGGCGUAUAAAACGCUUAAGAUGUCCAAAAUUGUGACUGCCAGGAUACUGGAUUGCGGACAAGAAGCAACACAGUCCGACGGGAGCACUAUUACCCCGGGAACCACCCCUCCGGGCGGUGGUGAAAAUAUCACCCCAAAAUUUACAACAGGAAAUAAAGGGCAAAUCGCAUCACAGAUCAGAGACAAAAAAGCAACAACACAAAAUAACAUAAACAAUGCAAACGUGGUAGCAGGCCGGGUAGAGGGUGGAUCGAGUAGCUUUCGAUUCGGCCUUGCCCCCGCGAAUGCAGAGUUUAAUGUUAACAGCCCGUAUAAAGGAAUCUACAACUUCCCCGCACAAAAUAAAGGUGCUAUCCCAAAAACAUACAUCCUGGCAAGUGAUCCUAGAAUACAAAUAGGGGUAAGAAGCACGGACCUACCCUCCAACAUAGAUAGGGGUAUUUUCAAUUAUAACUCGGGAAAUGCCACCUCGGAAGAAGAGAAGAGAGACAACGGAGAUCCGCAAAGCAAACUACCCCACUCUCCCAACAGUGUGUUCCCACUGAGAUCCAAAAACAGCCCUGUUAAUUCAAUACAAAUGGACACCGAAAACACAACUAAAGAGUUGCCAUUCGUCACCCCUCGAAAAUUUAGCUCAAAUUUCGAGAAGCUGAUUAGGGAAAAGUCGAGAAAAACCUUGACUACCACAAAAAAUAGGUUUCUCCCCUAUCAUACAUACACAAACAGGGAGGAGAAGACUCAUGCAUUUGUGCUUAGGGGGCUAGCCGAAGGCACAGUAAUCGAACAAAUAGUAGAAGAUCUACAAGAGAAUACAGAAAACCAAGGUACACAUAACAUAAACACCCCCAUCCUAAGCAGAAGUGCUAGUGAUGAUAAAUCCGAUGAUUACGUAGAUGCAGAUGACAAUGCUAAUUCCUUGACGACAAAUAACAAAUCUAACCCCAUAGAACGGGUAGAUAACCCCACUCCCCCAGGUAUACCGAGUAAAGAGGCACCCAUACUCCCUCCAAACAACUCGAGUACCCCAACACCGCAAAUGCAACCAUUCCAAUCGGCCUACGUAGCGGAAUCACAGCACCCCACAAAAAUUACCAUCAAAAGAUUGGAAAUGCCCACAGGUACCAGGGGUAGAACCCUAAAUUUCGGUCCAGGUACUGAACAAAACACCGCGCUGCUAGACAAACGCAAUACGGGAGCCAUACCUAAAGUAUACAGAACCAGAUUCCAUAGUUUGGAGAACACCAAAACAAAAGACAUUGCAGGAAUGAAGCCUAACCGAAAGAAGGGUGAACUGAGUAGCCUGGAACUCGGGGAAGCUACAUCCCGAAAAGCAAUAAACACUUCCGAAGAGUAUACUGAACCGCUGGAAAACACCCAUAGAUUAAAAAAUAAUAAUGAUACUACCACAGAUGUAAAUACAGAUAUCCCAAGAAACGUCCAGGACUCCAUACACAACUUUAACUCCUCAGAGUACACGUCAGAGGAGGAAAAAGGUGCUGCUGGUCCAAACCCUCUGGCCAAUAAAAAUAAACCCACAAGCAAAACAACACCGGCCGCCACGAACAACAAAAAAGCCCUAAUGCCCCCCAUUGUAGUUGACGGGAAAACAGUUAAUCAAACGGCACUAAUCCAAGACCUCAGAGCAAAAAUCAAAGGGGGAUUCAGUGUCAAGCACACGAACAGCUCCACCAUACUGUUCGUUGAUGAUAAAGACGAUCAUCAACGGGUAUUGAAAAGCGUCAAAGAGGAAAAUAUAGCUCACCACACAUACACCACGAGUGAAGACAAGUCGCACGCCUUUGUGCUGAGGGGCCUAGCUGAAGGCACGCAAACACAGCACAUCGAGGAUGACCUGGUGGCCGAAUACGAUAUUAAGCGCAAAACUCUGGUACAUGGAAAAAUACAGCAUGUACCUUUGGAGUAA